AGGGGCAUAGAAUAAAAGAUAAACUAUCACACAAUACGUAUUCUGUAUUGCAAUGACAACAACAAACAAACCGGCAGUUGAACAAGUGCAGUCGAGCAUAAACAUGUUGCAACGCAAGCAAUUAUUUACUUUAAACUAAAAUAUGAAAUAAUUGUGCGUGAACUUGAAGGUGAAAAUGUCGCAACUUCACUAAAGACAAAUAAUAUAGUCGCGAAUACAUUCGACGCUUUCCAUUCGGUAAUGAGGUUGUAAUUGCGCGCGGGUGAACAACUAAUUAGUUGCGGGUUUUGCACCACCACAUCACACGCUGACGGCCGGCAGGCGACGGAAGGAUGCGAGGAUUUUUCCCAGCAAAUUGGGAUCGCGGCGUAAUGCGAAUUCCUCACAUUACCCUACUGCUGGCGACCGUGUGUCUUGUGACCGGGAGCGAUUCGCACAAACGAGCGCCAUCGGGAUUCACCGGCGUGAGAGGCAAGAAGUCCAUCACCGACAGCGAGUAUGCAAAUGUUGAAUACCCGGCGGAGAAGCGAGUGUCCGCCGGCUUCUUCGGCGAUCAACAGAAACCAUUCGAUGGCUGGGCUGAAAAACGCGUCCCGGCAUCCGGUUUUCUAGGUGUACGGGGCAAAAAGGAUUCAGAGAAUGACUUCGACAAACGAGCACCCAGCGGAUUUCUAGGCAUGCGUGGCAAAAAAGAGUUUGAUCCGUACGGUCACCUGGAGAAACGCGCCCCCUCAGGGUUCCUGGGAAUGCGUGGCAAGAAAGACAACGAAAUGUUGGACGACGAGUUAAAACGUGCGCCGGCGGCUGGAUUCUUUGGCGUCCGCGGCAAGAAGGAACCCACGCGGGCCAGCUUCUUUGGCAUGCGUGGCAAGAAGUAUCCGUACGAGUUCCGAGGCAAGUUUGUCGGGGUGCGUGGCAAGAAGGCAUCUGAGGAGGCAAGCAAAGACUACACCGAGGUGAUGCAGCAAGUCGGCAAAGACUUGGACAUCAAUCAGCUGAUGUUACUGCUGACUGAGAACGAACCGUACAAUAAUCCCGAUAAUGUCUAUCAAUAUUUCAACAAUAUUAAUAAUUAGAUAUUUGUGACUACAGUUAACCCCUUACCGCAAGAGGAGACAAAAAUACCUACUAGAUAGCUAGACACAAUUUUGUGAGGCGGAAAACUAAUAUCAAGUAGAUAGUAAACUAAUGACUUAAUAAUUAACUUGAUGCUAACUUAAUCUCACUGAAAAAGAAAACAAAUAUACAUUACGGAGCUAGCCAUAAUUCAACCCAGUUUUCGUGUACAUAAGUAAAAAAAAACAAAGGCGUAAGACAAAUUCCACUCGGACUGUAUGAAGAAACGGAAUCUUACUGGAAGGAAAUUGGGUUUAAUUAUUACAGCUCAUAUAUUUUUGCAUUGCGGGGGUUUUUAGACAUAGGCUGGAUGUUUGAAAAGCUCCCUUGCAAAGACAACUUCCCACGAAUCUCUAGCAUUACAUUCAUUCGUGUUGCGACUAAUCCUAAUUUUCUGUUCAUCGUUUUCCGUCCUGCGACAACUUUUACCAAACGCAACAAAUUGUAAUCGCUAUUCAGCAUUCGUGCGUGUCCUGCAAAGUUUCAAAGACUAUUUCACUGUUAUCUUGAAUCUUCAAAGAAUGUUGGCUAAAAUAAAUGUCAAAACUUGCAAGAGAGUGGUAAUGAUGAUAAUAUUAUAAACGCAUAUCAAAAUAAUGAGAACCCUUUGUAAAAAUUAUCAAGAACUACAAGUAUAUAUCAUAUGCAAAAUUAAAAGUAUCAUAUGGCAAUUACUACCUAAGUAAGCAUUAAGGACAUAUUCAAGAAACAAGAAAUUUCAAAUAUAUAAAACUAAAUGAAUGUCUCCCAUAUGGUCAAUAGAUGUAUUUGUUUGUUUCCUCUAAUUUGUGAAAAUAUAGAUAUCGUUACGUGACUAAAA